AUGUACGGUUGUGAUGGAAUAUGUACUCAUGAUGAAAAUGAAACUCAUGUAAAUGAUUAUGUUAAAUCUUUGAUUAAAGUAAUAAAAAUAUCAGUUGAAAUGCUCGGUGUUUGUGCCAAUUCUCCUAUUAAAUAUCCUGCACCAUAUGGAGGACGAUUUGAAUGGACUCUUCCAGGAAAGACUCGCCUGAUAGUACACUUGAAAGAUAAAAAUAAAAUACGUCAUAGAAAACGUUGGAGCCAGGUGAUGUAUAUGUAUUACUUAUUGGGUUAUGGAAUAAUUGAUAGACCAAUCUCUAUUAAUCGUAAAGCCGUGAUCGCAGAAAAUACAUACAUUCUUACGUUAGAUGGUGAUAUUGACUUUCAACCAAAUGCCGUUAAAGUCCUCUUGCAUUUGAUGAAACGUGAUAAAAAUUUAGGUGCUGCAUGCGGACGAAUUCAUCCGAUCGGUACGGGUCCAAUGGUCUGGUUUCAGAAAUUCGAAUAUGCUAUUGGACACUGGCUCCAAAAGUCUACUGAACAUACAAUUGGUAGCGUGCUUUGCAGUCCAGGCUGUUUUUCACUUUUUCGUGCAAAGGCAUUAAUGGAAGACAAUGUUACACGAAAAUAUGCUUCACAAUCAACAGAAGCUUGGCACUACAUUCAAUACGAUCAAGGUGAAGAUCGUUGGCUAUGUACUCUUGUUCUUCAAUCCGGUUAUCGAGUAGAAUAUUCAGCGGCUAGUGACUCAUAUACCCAUGCCCCUGAAACUUUCAAAGAAUUUUACAAUCAGCGUCGACGUUGGAUACCAUCUACAAUUGCGAAUAUAUUUGACUUACUAAAUUCAUCAAAAAAUACAAGAAAAGCAAAUGAAAAUAUAUCAUGGUUGUACAUAGCAUAUCAAUGGAUAUUAAUGGGAAGUACGGUGCUUGGACCAGGAACAAUUUUUCUUAUGCUGGUUGGUGCAUUUGUUGCUGCCUUCAGAAUAGAUAAUUGGUCGAGUUUUUACUAUAACUUGAUACCUAUUGCAAUUUUUGUGACUAUUUGUUUCUUCUGCAAGUCUGAUUUUCAACUUAUUGUAGCAGCUAUUAUUUCUACGUUCUAUGGAUUAGUUAUGAUUGUUGUUCUUGUUGGAAUAAUGAUACAAAUUGCUGAUGAUGGAUGGUUGGCACCUAGCACGAUUUUAUUUAUGGUUGUCGCAGGACAACUAAUUAUUGCUGGUUUAUUACAUCCUCAAGAAAUAUCCUGUCUCAUAUGUGGGGUUAUUUAUUACGUAACCGUUCCUUCUAUGUACAUGUUAUUAAUUAUUUAUUCUCUUUUUAAUAUACAUAAUGUCACUUGGGGAACUCGAGAGUCUAAAGUAAUUGUGAAAGAUGAUGUUAAUCAAUUGCAAUCAAAACGAAAUAAUAAAGCAAUUAAUAUUAAAAACUUAAAUAAUUCAAACCAACAAAAUUUGGAAUGCUCAUUUUUUGGAUUAUUCAGGUGUAUAUUUUGUACUCAUAGAAAUUUUUGUGAAGAAAUGUACAAACUUGAUGAUUUACAAAAAUCAUUGGACCAAAUCUCAUUGGAUAUAAGGAAUUUAGAAAAAAACUUAGUUGAUAAAGAAGUGCAAAUUAACAUUCCUUCCAAAGAUGUAUAUUAUAAAAAUUUUAUUGAUGUACAUAAAGAACAGUCACCAAAAAUAGGAGAAUUCAAUCAAGAUAUAGAUUCACAACCGGUGCAAUUACCAACUUCUAUCGAUGAUGACGCUAACGAAAUAAAAUUAGGAAAUUUUCUGGUCAGUCCUCCGUGGGUUCAAGAUCCAGACAUUCAAAAAGGACGAGUUGAAUUUUUAUCUCACGAAGAAGAGAUUUUUUGGAAUCGUUUAAUCAAAAAAUAUCUUUAUCCUCUAGAUGAAGAUAAAAAACAAUUACAGAAAACAGCUGAUGCAUUAAACAAUUUACGCAAUGAGUUUCUUUUCAAAUUUUUCAUGUUAAAUGCAUUAUUUGUAUUAACUGUUUUUUUAAUGCAGCUCAAUAAAGAUACGUUGCAUCUUCAAUGGCCUUUGGGACUUUCAUAUAAUAUUACUUAUCGGAGUGAAACAAUUGAGGUUCAUUUUGAAAAAAAUUACUUACAACUGGAGCCAAUUGGUUGUCUAUUUAUAAUUGGAUUUGUUUUGAUUCUCUUUAUUCAGUUCAUUGCAAUGUUAUUUCAUAGAUAUAAUACAUUUCUUCAUCUUUUAUCUAACACAAGUAUUAACUUAAACUGCUUUUUAAGA